AGGAUGGGGCGGGGGGGGGCCAGCGGGUGCUUUGGGGCCAGCGGGGACACGAUGUGACACCCGGCGGGGAGCGCAGGGGGGCAGCGGGGACCCGAUGGGGACCUCGGGGGGGGGGGCACCGGGGGGGCGGCGCGGGGCCCGGGAGCAGCGGCACUUUCACGAACUGUCCACGGGAGGCGGGAGAGGCGGCGGAGGAGGAGGAGGAGGAGGAGAAGGAGGAAGGGGGGGCCCCGGCCGGGUUCGCCCAGCCCAGCCCAGCCCAGCCCAGCCCGGCCCAGCCCAGCCCAGCCCAGCCCGCCCCGUCGCUGCCCCGCCCCGCCCUGCCCAGCCCCGCUCCGCCGCUGCAGGCACCGCGGCACCGGCACCGGGCUCCCCUUUAUAGGCUCGGUCCGAGGGGGUGGGGGGCGGCGGCGGCCCCAGCCCCGAGGGGGCGGCUCCCCCCCUAAAAAACCGGCGGCGGGACGCGCGGCGGGCAGAAAGCGCGGCCGGGGGGGGGGAUUCCCGGUGGACCGGCGGGGACCGGGACUCGGUGCUCCCGGUGCUCCCGGGGUUCCCGGGGCCGCUGCGGGUUCGGCUCGCCCCGCCAUGCCCCCCCGGGGGCCGUUCUCCCGAGCCCCGGCUCCGCGCUCCCGGUGCAGCCGCUGCCGCCGCCGCCGCUGCUGCCACCGCCGCCGCCGUUCGCCGCCGCCGCCGCCGCCGUGCCCGCGGCUCUGAGCAACGCCGCCGCCGCCGUUACCCGCCGCGCCGGGAGAACCGCGCCCCGCACCGGCACCAAGAUGCUCCGCCAAGGGGCCCUCGCGGAGCUGCUGCUGGUGCUGCUGGGGCUGAAGGUCCACGGGGCCGCAGGCUGCCCCACCGACUGCGUCUGCUACCCCUCGCCCAUGACCGUCAGCUGCCAGGCCCACAACUUCGUCACCAUCCCCGAGGGCAUCCCCGAGGACAGCGAGAGGAUCUUCCUGCAGAACAACCAGAUCACCCUGCUGCUGCGGGGCCACUUCAGCCCCUCCAUGGUCACCCUCUGGAUCUACUCCAACAACAUCACCUUCAUCGACCCCAACACCUUCGAGGGCUUCGUCAACCUGGAGGAGCUGGACCUGGGGGAUAACCGCUACCUAAGGGCUUUGGCGGCGGACACUUUCCAAGGGCUGGUGAAACUCCACGCCUUGUAUCUGUACAAGUGCGGGCUGAGCUCUCUCCCCAGUGGGAUAUUCGGCGGCCUCCACAACCUGCAAUACCUUUACUUGCAAGACAACCACAUCGAGUUCCUUCAGGACGAUAUUUUUGUUGACUUGGUUAACCUCAGCCAUCUUUUUCUCCAUGGAAACAAGCUCUGGAGCCUCCAUCAGAACACGUUCAGGGGACUAAUCAACCUGGAUAGGCUGCUCAUCCAUCAGAAUCAGCUGCAGUGGGUUCACAGGCGGGCUUUCCACGACCUCCGGCGACUGACCACCCUGUUCCUCUUCAACAACAGCCUCUCGGAGCUGCAGGGGGACUGCCUGGCCCACCUGGCAGCCCUGGAGUUCCUCAGGCUGAACGGGAACCCCUGGAGCUGCGACUGCAAGGCCCGCUCGCUCUGGGAGUGGCUGCACCGCUUCAAGGGCUCCAGCUCCAGCGUCAUCUGCGAGUCCCCCGAGCGGAUGCACGGCAAGGACCUAAAGGUGCUGAGGGCCGAAGACUUUAGGAACUGUUCGGGCUCGGAGUCGCUCCACCAGAUCAAAACACACACUUUCUCGGCAGCAGACAGAGGAGCCUCCAAAGCCCACCACCCCCACCACUCCUCCAAGGAGAAGGGCGGCGAGCGAGGGGCCGAGAAGGGUUUGCACAGCAGCCAGCCCGCGCCCCGGCCUGGCUCGCGCCGCCCCGGCAAGAACUGCACCAGCCACAAAGGCCGCAACCGAACCCUUAAGCCGGGGUCGCUGGGCCCGCGGAAAAGCGAGCACGAGGUCCACGACUACGUGCCCGACUAUCAGCACAAAUUCAGCUUCGGCGUGAUGCCCACGGGCCCCCCGAGACGCAAGGGUAAGUGCACCCGGCGGACGCCCAUCCGCGCCCCCAGCGGGGUGCAGCAGGCGGCCGGCAGCGCGGCCCUCGAGGCCUCGCGCCUGGUUUUUGUGCUGCUGCUCGCGGCCGUCAUGCGCUGAGCCCGGCUGCGGCGGAGCGGAUCUGCACUGCCACCCACCUACAACGGACCAGAGUUUCUUUUCUUCUUCUUUUUUUGGACGUGGAGAAUCGGGGCCCCGCCGAGGGAAGGCCGGCGGCCUGCGGGCGCGGGCGGCAGCGGGCGCGGGCGGCAGGAGCGGGUUGAAAGGCGUUGUCGCGCGGUGGCACCAUCAGCCGAGCCCUGCACCGGGAGAAAAAUUAAAAAAAAAAAAAAAAAAAGCCAACCUUACACAACCGGAUAACGGGGACGGCGGCCAGCCUGCCGGCAACGUCAGCCGGACAACUGGAAACUUGUGAAAUCCUGUUAAUUUGAGAGUGCGCCGAGUGACCCCGCCAAUUACCGCAAGGAACAUAAUUGCUGUAAAAAACGAUCACCAAUUAAGCCUACACUGUUUCUCUGAAAGUGAGUGCAAGGACACUUAUUCUCCUGUAAUAAGGACAUUGGUUCUCCCACGUUUUAGCCCUUUUGGCUCCAAACCCACAGGCCAAAGUUGGCUGGAAAUCUCUUAGAAGACAAUCUCAAAACCCUGAAUAUCUCAGGCAUUACAGCAGAACAGGGCUUGCCUGCUGGGCUUGGAGUAGCCAACUACCAAAGGAAAGACUGGUUAGAGGUGGAAUAAUUAAAAAAAUAAAAAAAUAAAAAAAACCACACACACAAAGAAAACAAACUUAAAGAAACGAAGUACCUGCCAGGAGGUGCGUUUUUUUGUAACCGUGUUCACACAUCUGAAAAGCAAACCCAACCAAUGCACAGGCCCCCUUCCCCUCAAUUAUCCAUAUGUAUGUCUUAUAAUGUUUAUAAACUAUAUGGAAACUAUAUCUUCAGAACUAAGGAUUGUAUUGUUGAAUUUAUAGCAGAACAGUAUAUCCUUUUCUCAAGACCACAAACGGCAGCAGUGCCUACAGAUGCUGAAAGCCAUCCGGCAGCCUCAGUGCGCGCGGGGGACCAAUGUUCUUAGCAAUUUAGAGCACUAAACUCUGGGAGGGGUCUGGGGGGGUAGUAUGCAAUGCAACAAAGUCCAUAUACAGAGAGCCAAAGCUCACCCUUAACGUCCUAAUUUGUAAGAGGGGGGAGAGGGAGGUGGAUUAGCGGCGCCUGGUCCCGAUGCACGCAGCCACGGCGCUCUGCCUCGGGAAAGCGCCGCGAGCCCCGGGGCGGCGAGGGGCUGGGGGCUUCCAGAGGUGUCGGUCGUGUGAGGACCUUUAUAGCUGGCCUAAGGUUUUCACUCGGGCAGCAGGUUUGUGGGCUGCAGGUGGCCCUGACAGCAUCAGGAGCAGGAAUUUUUUUUUUCUUAAAAGGGAUGGGUCAGGCCAUGGGGAGAGCCAAGAGAAGUGGGAAAGCGCAAGGAGCGCGGGACCUGCGAGAAGCACGGUGCCCAGCGUUUCUGGUCCGCAGUGGGCAAGAGGAAGGCCCAAGAAAGCCAUGGGAAGGGGUCGUGGCCAGCUGAAGGAUGGGAAGAAGGGCUGCGCAUUCCUCUUGUCCUGAGUUAAGCCCCGCAGCCGAUGCCAGGUCGGGAUGUUCUCGGUGUUCGGAACGCGCUCGGUGUUCGGGAUGCGGUCGGUAGUCGGGAUGCACUCGGUGUUCGGGAUGUGCUCGGUGUUUGGGAUGUGCUUGGUGGUCAGAAUGUGCUCGGUGGUCGGGAUGUGCUCGGUGGUCGGGAUGCUCUCGCUGGCCUGCUUCGUGGCCACGGCAGAGCCGCCGGCGGCACCCAGCGCAGCCCGCGGGUGCUGCCUGAAUUCUGCAGUCGGUGUUAAUUCCCUGUCGGCGUGGAUAUGCAAGACAAAACAGACACUGAGGUUAACGAAACAAGGGAAAUAAAAGUGAUCUUGGACAAGAAAA